AGGUGGUGGCUAAAUAUCAGCUCUUUGCCAUGGCAACUCUGGAACGAUGCUUAUAGGACAUGUGUGUGUGCAGUGUUUGAUGUUUUUUUUUAACUGUAUGAGAAUAAUUCUGAAGAAAAUGUUCAGUUUAAUUAUUCAGCUAAAAGCUGGGCAAGUUAAUUUUAUUUAUGAAUCAUUAAUAAUGAAUUUUUUCUCCGUCUUGAUCCACCUAACAAAGGCGAAGGCCUAAGUUUCAAAAGGCCCAAACUGUUCUAUUAAGCCGUACAUCUAUAUUAUUUCUCUUAGUCCACUGGUGUUUCAGGAUGCCAUGGAGAGAGCAAUAGGCGCAAUACUUACUCUGACCAACAGAGAGCGCUGUUACUCUAUCUCUUGGUGCAUGGGAGUUCUCAAAUCACCAUCAUUGCCUAUCCUUCAGUUUGCGUGUGUGUGUUUGCGUGCAUGUGUAAUGUCUUUGCUUUGAUCUCUAACCUCCAGGUCUGGUCAUUCCGACCCAUCUGUCAUCUGAUCAUGUCUAACAAACCACCAGUAGCACGCUCCCAGGCAAACACUAACAGCCCUGUGAACCCCAUCCAUGUCACUAACAGCACUGUGACACCCGCCCAUGUCAAUAACAGCCCUGUGACACCCGUCCCUGUCACCAACAGCACUGUCACUGCCACCACUGGCCCUGGCUUUAUCAACGGGCUGCUGGACAAAAUCCCCUUGCCAAGAUGGGCCAUCUACGCCAUUUUGGCUCUCAUUCUCCUGGUGGUGCUGAUCUGUUUGCUGUGUAUAUGUGUGAAGUGCUGCUGCAGGAAGAAAAAGAAGAAGAAGAAUCCAGACCAGCAGAUCCACCUAAAGGGCCUGAACGGCUCCACCACCACGGCUCUCGUCCAGCCUGACACGGAUGACGCGGACUAUGGCUCAGGAGACAAACCCAGGGGAAGGCUCUUGUACUCACUGGAGUACAGUGCACCCACAUCUGAGUUGACAGUAGGUGUAAAACAGGCUGCUGCUCUGAAGGCCAUGGACCUUGGGGGAACCUCUGACCCUUACGUGAAAAUGUAUCUUCUGCCCAGCAAGUCCAAGACGUAUGAGACCAAGGUCUUUCGAAAAACCCUGCAACCUGUGUUUAACGAGCAAUUCAAGUUUCAGAUAAGCCAAGCUGAAUUGAGCGAGUCUACGCUGGUGAUGCAAGUGUAUGAUUUCAAUCGAUUCUCCAAACAUGAUGUCAUUGGUGAACUCAGAUUACAGCUGUCUUCAGUGGACUGGAACCAUGUCAUCGAGGAGUGGCGUGAUCUGACUGAGGCCUCCAAGUUUGAGCAAGAGAAUCUAGGAGACAUCUGUCUGUCGCUGCGUUAUGUGCCAACGGCCAGUAAGCUCACUGUUGACAUUCUUGAAGCAAAGAAUUUGAAAAAAAUGGAUCAAGGAGGAUCUUCUGAUCCGUAUGUGAAAAUUCAGUUGAUAUUGGACAGGAAAAAAUGGAAGAAAAAGAAAACAUCUGUGAAAAAGAAAACACUUAAUCCUUAUUUCAAUGAGUCUUUUACAUUCGACGUUUCAUUUGACCAGAUUCAGAGGGUCCGGUUGGUGAUUUCCGUGUGGGACCAUGACAACGUCAGCAGGAAUGAUGCCAUCGGGAAGAUCUUCCUGGGCUGUGAUGCCACGGGCAACCAGCUGCGGCACUGGGCAGACAUGCUGUCCAACCCGCGCAGGCCCAUGGCCCAGUGGCACACUCUCCUGCCCGCCGAACAGGUGGAUGGCACCCUGGCACUGAAGCACACCAUCAAGAUUCCUUUCACCGGCAAAACCUUCUGACGGGAACCAGUCGGAACCCAAAGAUACCUAACAGUGAUCAAACAGAGACUCAAAAUAUACCUCAUAGUGAUCAAUGGACCAUCACACUAAGGGCUAACAGACAUACAAACAUUCAGGAAGAAAUCAAACAGACAUACAGACU